AUGGCGCCACACAAACAUAAAGAUGACGAGGAGGAUCUCAUCGAUGAAGAGCCACCUUCUAUUGAGCCAUAUACGGUGCUUGGGGUUGAGAAAUCUGCAACACCAAAUGAAAUCAAAGCGGCAUAUCGCAAAGCAGCUUUAAAGCACCACCCUGACAAGGCCCCAGAGAACCUCAAAGAUGAAGCCCACAGCAAAUUCCAAGAAGUCGCAUUCGCAUACGCUGUUCUUUCCGACCCAACCCGCCGCAAACGCUACGAUGUCACCGGCUCAACUUCAGAAUCGGUAGACAUCGAUGGAUUCAGCUGGUCCGAGUUCUAUUCCGAGCAAUUCCGCGAUGUCAUUACCUCCGAUGCGAUCGAGAAAUUCUCAAAAUCUUAUAAGGGCUCCGAUGAGGAGAAGGAUGCCUUGCUUGAUGCCUACACCAAGUCCAAGGGCAAGUGGGGUAGGAUUUAUGAUUCUGUCAUGCUCAGCGAUCCGUUGGAGGACGAAGAGAGAUUCAAAGCAAUUCUUAACGAGGCUAUUGCCAAGGGCGAUAUCAAAUCAUUCAGCGCAUAUACUGAUGAGACGGCGAAAUCGAAGGAGGCGAGGAUGAAGAGGGCCCGGAAAGAGGGCAAGGAGGCCAUGGAAUACGCCAAGGAGUUGGGCGUCGAGGAAAAGCUAUUUGGUAAGGGAAAGAAGGGCAAGAAGGAGAGCAGCGAGGAUGCGUUAGCUGCUUUGAUCCAAAACAGACAGGCUGGACGAAACCAAUUCCUUGACAAUUUGGAAGCAAAAUAUGCCGGCGAGAACAAGCCGAAAGCCAAGAAAGGCAAGAAACGGGGGGCACAACACGAGGAUGAGGAAGAAGGGAUGCCUUCUGAGGAAGCGUUCCAGGCGGCUGCAGCAAAAUUGAAGAAUGGCCCUGGCGGCGGUGAAGGCAGCUCGGGAAGGAAGUCUAAACGGACAAAACGUUGA